AUGUCGUCGAGGGGGAGUGCGUGUAACGGGUAUUUGGCGUGGGGUGAAGGUAGUGGGGAUGAAAGAUUGGGAAGAGAGAGGGAUAAUGGUGUUGAGGUUGGUAUUCAAGAACAAGGAUUGGAUGGAAAACAACUAGGAAGAAGAACAGAAGGAUUGGCGUUUUUCGGGGAUGAUGUUGGGGACGGGAAGGAGGCACGCCGGAUACUGUUGACCUAUCCUGCCUGUGAUAUACCACAGCCGAAUACUCCACGCGAUGAAGAAAUGGUGGACUAUUGGUAUAUCCCGGAUUCUGUGGUGGACGUGAUGGGUAUACGAAAGAGAUAAUGUAGAACGCACAUAGUUAAUUAUUUGUUUUUCUGUGUAUACUUCUAGCCGCUCGACAACGAUUUAUUGAUGAAUAUGGACGUUAAUGAUCAUUAGCAUUAUGAUUAGCAUUAAAUUAUCGUCAACCAUUAGAUGGUAAGUGGUUUAAAUUUCUUUUAAGGCUAGAAAAUCAGUUAGUUAGUAGAGAUUAAGUUGAUGAGCAUCAUCGUUUUUCUUUUGAUCUGAUGGAUUGUUUUCCUUUUUCCUAUGUAAGUAUUCCUAUAGGUUAGUUUAAGGUAAGAUUAUUGUAAAAUUGGAGGAUGAGAAAACGUAUGUGUGAAGUGUGUAUUAAAAGUAUGAGGAGACAGAUGAAUACUUGUUAAAGGAUGUGUUAAAAACUAUAAUACUGUUUCAAGCGUUCAAUAUGAAUCGGUCCGAUCUUUUUAUGUGUUAUUGUAUGUUGCAAAUAAUACGUUAGUGGAGAUAGCUUCUGUGUUAUACGAAAUGGACCCUCAUUCCUAGGAGCAAGCUUUUUCCCACGCC